UCUGAUCUGGGUUUUCUUUAUUUCUCAUUCAGAUCAUAGUUCUCCAAGAAAAAUAAAGCUUUCUUUUCUUCUUUGUUUGCUUCAGUAACCUUUGAAAGAAAUAAAGACCCAGCUUUUCUUUCCCCCUUGUGCUUGUAGUAACUUCUUGGAUUGGUAUAAUGAGAUUCUGAAACAUGGGAUUUUGUUUCAAGGAGGCAGAAUAUUGAUGUAUGUUAAAAGAUCAGCUUCAUUUUUCUUGUUUCUUUCUUUUUUUAUGGUAACGGAGUUAUCUAUAGAAAAAAAGAAGAGGAAAAAGCCAUAAACCUUCUUUGGUUGUUUGAAAUUGUUGUUUACGUGGAUCUUUAACAAUGAGAAGAGGUAGAGGAAAAGCAAAGAAGCAGAAUGUCGUUUCUUCUCUUGAUGAUCCGGGAAGCGGUGUCGACGAAAAAAUUCCGGCUUAUAAGAGAAGAGGAAGGCCACAAAAGCAGAAGGAUGAUUUCGAUGAAGAUGAAGUGGAGAAGGCUGAAGAGGAUGGUGAAGACUUUAAAGGUUCAGUUCCUGCCAAAGAGAUGAAAAAUCAGGCUGCCACGGAGAACGGAGGGAAGAGGAAAAGGUCAAUGCAAACAAAAGAAAACAUAGAUUCACUCAAGAAAGGAAAUGGUGUUACAACAAAGUUGAGCACUGAUGACUCAACUAAAUCGGUCGGAUACCGGCAAAUUGGUAGCAGGCGCAAAAACAAGCCUCAACGGGCUGCUGAAGCUGUUGUUGAGUGCAAGUGAGGUUCCAGAUUCACCGUGGAUUUUGUCUUCUUUCUUAUACCAGAAGAAAAAUCAUUCCACAAGCAAUGCUGGUCUGUGCGUGUAUGGAAUCAAAUGUUUCUUUUUGUUCCUCGUUAUUUGUUUUUGCAGUUUCCUAUUCCAUUUCCCAAACGGUUAAUUUUAGUUUUGAGCUAUUUUGAUAAGUAAUGCUUGUAAUAUUCCAUGGUUUCAUCAAAAAUUACAAGGAAAAAAACAGUGAUUUUUACCA